AUGAUUCGACGUGCGCUUUAUGGUCUGGGGACCACUCCAAUGGCCCCCCGACCUUGCUUAUUCAAUCCGCGUCUUACUAAAACCACUUUACUACGCUUCAAUUCCACGACCCUGCCUGCCAGUGCUGAAGAUCUUAUUAAAAAGGGCCAAAAGGCUGAAGAGCAACAAGAGCAGGACGAGCAGUCCCAUGUCCAGGAGACCACUGGUGUCAUUGAGAAGAACUACCGCGAAGGUCUUCUUUAUUUCACAGAAAUGUAUCCUGUUGUUCCUAUUUCCUAUGAACCUGCUUCUACAAUUUUGUCCAUGGUCUUUGGAUUGACCGAAUCUCGCGUCAAAAACAUUCUCACGAGCCAUGCUGUUCCGUCUGAUUUGCCUGUUACUUUUUCCCAGAUUAUCCCCCGUUAUAAGGAUGGUGGUGUUUUUGCCAAGUAUAAGAUUGAUAAGGAUGCUCCUCCUGAAUUGUCGACCAAAGAUGUCGAGUCCAUUCUGUACACUCAUCUCAAGGAAAACCCCUACCGGCCUCUUUACAACCCGCUUAACAAAGUCAAGGCAUUCCCCGUUCGAGGUGUGCCUUGGAUUGAGGACUUGCGCCGACGUGUGAGCCGCAAAGUCCGUGUGGUUUUUGAGGGUGAUGAUUUGUCCCAGGAAACAGUUUACUCAGUGCUCAGAAGAUAUGGUCCCAUCAAAGACAUUACGUCUGUUCCUUCCAAGGACACGUCUGCUAAAUGCUUAGUUGUGGAGUAUACUCGCAAGAAGGAUGCGUCUACGGCCCGAAACUGUGUCAAUUCGCUGGUUGUUGGUAACACCAAGAUUCACAUUACUUAUAUCCCUGUGGAAGGUGUCAAUUUUUUCCAAAAGACUAUUGUUGAUCACCCUCGUAUUUCCAUCCCGAUUUUGCUUGCUUUGUUGGCCGCUUUUGCUGUCUUUGUCUUUAACCCUAUUCGCGUAUGGUUUAUCGAGCGCAAGGUAACUGGCGCAACUUUUAGUUCUACGUUUGACAACUAUGGUUUUGUCAAGUGGCUUCGUACUGUGACCCGCUCGACGUUUUCCACCUUGAGCCGAUACCUCCAUUUAAAUUCUGACCGGUACGCGCCGUCCUUUGAGUCACUCUGGAAAGAGCGCCAGCAGAUUGUGCAGCGGUUGAGACAAUGGCUUGAUGAAAAUGUCAAUACGUUCAUUGUGGUGACAGGCCCCCGGGGUAAUGGUAAGCGCGAGCUGGUAAAUAAAUUUGUGGUGAAUGACAGGGGAAACGUCUUGUCAAUUGACUGUGACCAGCUUAUCAAAGCUCAAAACGACCCGGCGUUUAUUCGGAUUGCAGCCAGUCAGCUGGGAUACUUUCCAGUGUUCCCAUGGAUGAACAACCUGGCCACGUAUUUUGAUUUGAUUAUCCAAGGUUUGACGGGUCAAAAGUCUGGGUUUGCAGAGUCGACAGAGCAGCAGUUCAAGUCGAUGCUGACAACGACUGUUGCCGCACUGCGUAAAAUUGCGCUUGAAAAAUAUCAGGAGGCAGCCAAGGACGAAGCAGUCCGUGCAAACAAUGGCGAUGCUUGUGGUUACACUCAAACGCAUGCAAGCAAUUACCUAACUGAAGAUUCAUAUUUGCAACUACAUGCAGAAGUCAAGCCUGUGAUUGUUAUUUCGCACUUUAUGAACAAGUCUGAUCAGUCACGUCAGUUUGUUUACAAAUAUCUUGCUGAGUUUGCGUCGAUUCUUGUGCAGACCAAUCUUGCACAUGUUGUUUUCAUUACCAACGACAUGGCCUUUGAGUCUGUUUUAGCACCUGCUUUGCCCAACCGGUUGUUUAAGAUUGCUACUGUUGGCGAUGCUGAUCCAGACGACGCCAAGCGGUUUGUUUUGAAUCAGAUUUUCGAGGCCAGGGAAACUGCACGUGUGGCUAGAGCUAAUACCCUUGCGGCGGAUGCUGACCAGCGUAGUAAUUAUCAGUCGCAGAAGCUAGAUCUUGCUAAGGAAAAGAAGGAAGAAGAGAAUAUUCAGAAUGCCCGCAAGGAGCUUGAGAAGAAGAAGGCACAGAGCGUUGGUAUUGGUGGCCAGGUUGUUGGGUUUGUGAGUGGGAUUUUCUCGAGCUCCAAGCCUGAUGAUUUAAAUGAGAAGCUUCUUGAGCAAAAGAAGGGGUCUGGGUUGCAGCAUCACGAGUCGUCUCCUGGGUUGAUUUUUGAGGGAGAUGAUUUCAAUCAAGAUGCAAUUGACCGGGAGUUCCCGUACCUUGAUUAUGCACUUGUGCCUCUGGGCGGACGGUUGACGGACCUGCAAUCGUUUGCACGACGACUCAAGUCUGGACAAGCACCUUUAGAUGCCGCAGAAGAUAUGGUUGAUCAAAGCGCGGCAGAGAUUUUGCAAAUGUACUUGUUCCGAACCGGACGUGUGGGCAAUGAUAGCCAGGGAGAGUGGACGCCUGAGCAAGUAUGGACACUAGUCAAGGAACUUGGGCAGUUAUCGAAGUACCCGUUUACGAGGGAGCGACAAGUUGCUUUGGCCAAGGUCGGGGUUGCACCUGGGUCAGACCGUGGAGGAUCGAAAGUGAACCCACAUAGUAACAUUGCGUACGUUCCCAAGGACUCUGAGCCAGAAAUAUCAGCCAGCUAUUUGUUUUUAGACCCGAACUUUAAGACACGAGACCAGCAAAAGGCGCUACGAGCGCUGCAGCAAGCAGAAAUGGUGAACCUUGUUCACGAUGGGGGUCGCAAUGUGGCAAUCAAGGCAGGAAAGCCAUUGUACCAAGCCGCGUUUAAGGCAAUUACAGAAGACAAGGUGUUAUAUGCGAUUCAGGAGAGUGCAUUGCUGGAGAGCGCGAUUGCAGGCGAGACGCGUAAGAUUGAAAAGUGGGAAGAGGAACUGCGGUUGUUGAGUAAAACACCGUACCGCCGGGAAAUCGGGGAGCGGGUGACGUACUUGACAGGGAAGAUGAAGCAGUCGCAGGACAAGAUCAAGGGGUACGAGGUGCGGUUUUUCAAGCAGCGAGAUGUGAUGGGAGGGAAGUAA